CCCCUUUAUCCGCAUGUUGUCGACACUGAAAUAUGAUAGUUUAAAUUUCGACCACAUGGAAUACUGAGCUCUCUUGGUUUUUCAUCGUCGAGUGAGUUGUCCUUCGCCUCGCAAAGGUUUCUUGGAACAUCAUGACAAGGAAUGAAUUGCUGUUUAUCAUCUGAUGUUUUUCGACGGAAAAGGUCAACGGUCAUAACAAGAAACCUCUUCAACCACCAUGUUCAGAAUAGUAACCAAUAAAUUGAUAAGGCAUCGUUCAAAAUUUGUGAUUAGCAUCAUCACCUUGACAUUAAUGAUUUACAUUCCCAUUCAUAUUUCAAGCAUUAGCCAACAGAAGAUCAGCUUUGCUAAUGAUGAUAGCUUCUUACCUGAACUUCCCGAAUUAACAGAAACAUUAGAGAUAAUGAAAGACGAGACGCUACCAACUACAACKGGUMCAGAAACUACACCGGAACCAACAAYCACAACGGCAACAACAACUUCUAUUUUACCAACAGAAAAUACUACUUCAAUAAUACAAAAAMCAGUWAUUUCACCUAAUAUAACUACUAUUGCUAAAGAAAACACCACAAGUCAAAUUAUUAGUCAAAAGAUACAACAAGCCUACAGAAUAGGUCAUGUCAAUGUGCACCUAUGGUAUAAGAUGUGCACCAUAUCKUUCSAUGAGAUUAGACAGCAUCCAUUGUUUCCACUAUGGCCAAGUGUGARAGGUCAACCAAAGAUGCCAGGUGAACUAGAAUCAAUUUCAACUACUCUCUGGUCAUUGCAAAGAGUCAUGGGACUUCUGUACCCACCAAUCACAGGGRAGUAUAGGUUUAAGAUAUUUUCAGAUGACUCAAUAUCRGAAUUUUGGUUAAGUUCAACUCCACAUUCCGAGAAUGCUAAGUUAAUUGCGAGAAAUAAUCAAAACGUAGCUUUUGGUAUUAUGUUUACAAGAGGAAAGAGUAUGUCUACAUCAGAACUAAUACAAUUAAAUCAAGGACAAACUUACUACUUUGAAAUACUACACGGCAGAAAUAAUCAGUUCAAYGGACAAAGAGUUCGAGUUCGGUGGAUGCUGCCUGGGAAGGAGAAGUUUACAGGGAUCCCAAASACGGCGUUAUCUACAGCUAUUAAAGUAGAUAAUAACCUUGAUGUCCAAACACAAAAACUACUUUUAGGCUCAGCCGGCCUUGCGCUACAAAAUACUACAUCGAUAAGCCCGAACCACCAAAAUCAAAGGGUUGAUGACAAUUUAAAAACAUCCGUUCAGAAAUUUCCAUCGUAUAACAGGGAUGAUUUACGUACUAUACAACUUGCUAAUCAUUGGAAAAUCAUGUCUGCCUUUGACACCUGUAAUUACAAGCCAAGUUAUACAGUAAAACGAAAGUAUAAACGAUAUUCAGGAGUAUUCAAUACUCAUUUUAGCGAUGUGUUUCCUGAUGAUGGCACUGCUCAGAAACACUUUGAAGGACCUUUGCAUCAAUGGAGGUCUCACCACUCAGGGAAUCCACUGAUUGAGGAAAAUGUUGUCUUUGACAUUGUCACUAUAUUCAUGGCAACCGUCGACAUGUACUUCCCUGGGUAAGUUGAAAUGAUUUUAGUACCAUUUUUAGGGGCUGACCAAGGGAGGGGUUGGAUGAUUUUAAAAAACAUAUUUCCUGCCGGGCGAAAUCUCCACUAGAAUGAUUUUUUUUGUCAUCCACACAUCCCUCCCCAUCAAAAGUCAAAUGUCCAGCCCAUUAGUGGUCAUCUGAUUUUGAUUAGUAGUUGAUCGAUUAGCGCUAAUC